UACAAUAUUUCAUGGAAACAAUUAUAGAAGAAAAGUUCAUCAAAUUUGAACUUAGUGGCAUCCAGAUCACUUAUAUAGACCAGGUCCUUAGAAAAGAAGCUGAGUAUAUCAUUAGCAACUACAACCCGGAGUUCCGGAAAGAUUGAAUCGUUAUGAAGGAUGGGAAGGACGAGCAAACACAAACAUGCUUGUGAUACCUGAGACAGCUGAAAGAUAUGGUUGAAGAUAUCCGAAUCAUACAACUGCCAGCUCUAGAACCUGAAGUCAUUAAGUUCUUGCAAGAAGAGCAUGAGUCUGGAGGAAAAAGACUUGAUGUCUUCUGUAAAAGCUCACGACUAGCCCAUGAUGAUAAGGCUCUAAUUGGAGACGAUCCAAGUUUUUAUUUGUUUCUAAAUAAAAUAUCAAGUGAAUUUUCAGGAAAAUUUAAUGCUAUUGAGAUCUUUGAAGACUAUAUGCUAAAUAAAGAAGCCACAGAAAAAGAGAGAUGUAUUGAAGAAGUUAAAGAGUCAGUGAAAAGUGCCGAAACUUCUUUAGAGUCAAAAGAAGACAAAAUAAAAAUUGUUAUAAUAAAAACCAGACCUGAUAUCAUGCAAGCCUUCUUCGCUCCUUUUUACUAUCACAAAGUGCUUGAGCUCAUAGUAGCUAGUUCUGGUAAAUCCUUAGAAGCAAAAGAACACAUCAGCAUUGGAACAAAAGGAAAGAUGUCAAAAGAUAGUAGUAAAUAAAAUGAUAAGCUUCAAAUGCAACAAAUCCCUGUCUGAAAAAGAAAGAGAUGAAUUCUUUAACCAAUGAGAAAGCGAACUCAACAAAGAUUGCAUCAAAGUAGACCAAACCCAUCUUCCCUCCCAAACCCAAUCUGAGAAAUGGUGGUACUUCAAAGAUGAUACUGGUAUCCUGAUUCCUUACUCUAAGAAACUAAAUAACUUGACUGAAAAAUCCUUCAAGAAAAUGAAGCUCAGCCUCCAAUCCAACCCCAAGCCUAGAGCCAUCCUAAAAGUACAAGAAGGAAGCUUUGAAUAUAUAAUCGAUCUGAGUACUUCAAGAUUAGGGGAAGGAACCCAGAAAAAUACCGGAACUAAAAAGGUCAGAAAGAUCUUCAGGAAAGAUUCUUACUUUUCAACUGAGGAUAAAAGGUUGCAUCACCUUGAAAAGGAGCUCAAGUUCAAACCAUUGGCUCUGUCUUUCAAAGCGUACCCAAGAAAUUGGACAGACAUUGAGAAGUUGAGUUAUAAGACUAGUAUUUAUAACACAGUAAAAGUUGACUUAUCCUCCUCUGAAGCUAAGAAGAUUUUUGAUUUUGUUAAAAAGAGCGGGAGUAAAGCCAAAAUACUACAAAUAGAAAGAAUCCAGAACUUGGCAGCAUACCAGAAGUACAGUAAAGAAAAGGAGAUGAUACAACAAAAAUAUGAAGAUGGUGAAAGGAUCGAGAGCCUUCUAUUUCAUGGUACUAGUAUCACUAACCCUACCACAGUGAUUUCAUCUGAAGAAGGGUUUGAUAUGAGGUUUUCAAGGCAGGGACUUUGGGGUAGAGGUAUUUACUUUGCAGAAAAGAUGGAAUAUUCUGAUAAAUAUGCUUUUCAAGAUUCAUCUGAUAGCUCUAAAGCAAAACAAGUCUUUCUAGCGCAAGUGCUAACUGGAAAAAGCUGUAGCUUGACAUCUGAUAAAGCACUAAUAAUACCCCCAACGAAUGAAUCGACACUGCUAAGAUAUGACUCAGUUGAAGGUAAAGCAGAAGGAAGCAAUAUUCACAUCGUGUAUGAGAAUGGGAGAAGCUAUCCCAAAUAUUUGCUUUCGUACUCGUACUAG